AUGUCACAUCAGAAAGGCCGAGCGAGGGUAGCUUGCAGGUUUUGCAACCUGUGUCGGGUGAAAUGUGACCGAACUAUUGAUAGCGCCUGCUCGAAUUGUCAACUGGCAGGUACGCUUAAUCGGGAGUCAGGUACCCGAGAGCGACAAAUCGCCGAGUCGGGGACAUUUCUCGCAUCUCGACUACUGGGAGUCGACAAUCUCCUUCAGCCUUGGAACAGUCUCAUCCGGCUGAUCGGCUCGAAAGACCACCGCAUAGAAAUAACCGAGUCUCCCGAAAGUGAUCGGAGAGACCGACAUACUCGAUAUCGGUUCAGCAAGACGGACCUGGGAGAGUGGUAUACAUGGGAGACUCAGCCAACUUCAAAUAUGUACUGCAUGAGGUGGGAGGACCUUUCCAAACUAGUCAGCAGCACCACUUCUAGGGCGACAAUUUACAGAGAUCUAUGCUCGAAAGGUUGGGCCAACCUGCUCGAUCGGCAAUUCAGAAGAUACGAGAAGAUGAUCAGCGACAUCUGCAUACCGCUGCGCAGGAUCAAUAUCCCCAUUGCUCUUGAACGCUGUUUUCAUGGUUUCAGCUUUCCAUUGCCCAGAGCCCGUUUUAGACGAUGCAGGUUUCCCAUCCAUAUACUUGGCCAGUUCACAUUCUAUCGGAGGGCAAAGGCGCUCUACGAUACCGACAACGAACUUGAUGGUGUUUCCAUCGUACAGGCCACUAUUCUGAUGUCAGAGUGGUGGGGUGGCCCGAUGGAGCAGAAAGAUACCUGGUAUUGGCUGGGAGUCGCAGCAACUUUGGCUCAGUCUUUGGGCAUGCACCGAUCCUUACUAGACAUCAUAGGAAGUCGUAUCACAUCCUCCACGAGCCCAGUAGGAAGGUAUGGAGGAGAAUCUGGUGGGUACUAUAUAUAA